GGGGUUGUUAGUGGGGGCUCAUGAGAGCUCAUAAGUCAAACACAUGGAGGGCCAAUCAGAGGGACCUGCGUGGGCAGAAAGCCGCUAGGUUACACUCAUGAAGUUCUUAUACACUUGACACAGGACGAGCACAGACUGAGAAGACUUUCUGGAGCAUUGGAUUUGACCAGAAAUCUGCAGCAACCUUUUAUUUUGAGUUCUCACUAUAUGGAUUUACUCUGACGGUUACAGAGAAAUGGCCAUUCCCCGGAUGUUUAGCUCCAAGACACCGUUCAUCGUUGUUACCGGGGGCUCUGAGCACUCUUUUCUGGGUAAAGAAGAGAGCAGCCAAGGAUGUGAGGAGGAGACGGACUCCCUGGUUCAAGCCAUCGGACCCCAUCUGACCCAUGUGAUGCAACACGGCACCGCCAAACACGUGAUAAAAGAUGGCCUGGAGGGGAUUCCUUGUGUGUCCAUAGUGGCACAAGCUGAGAGAGAGGACUUCCAAGAGUUCAGCCCGUCCAGCACUCUGCAUCCCUACCCGCAACUUUACCUCCUCCAGAAGCACAGAUCUCUCAGUGAGGAAGCUGCCUUAAUAUGCGACACUGAAGAUGAGGAUUUGGAUGAAGUGUUUCAUCAACACCUCCACAGGAAACAGCGCAGGAAGCCUCGGAGCAAGCUGAAGACGCUGGAGGAAGGAGGGGAGCCUCCAGUUAUCCAGGGUCUGUGGGUGCAGGAGAUCGACUGGCUGAAGGCAACUUUACCCGCUGAGAUCAUACCGCCUCCUCCUCAGUUCACGGACUCCUGCUGCCCGCUGGACUCCUGCAAGUCUGGACAGACAGACGUCUCGUCCAGCUCUGAUGACAGACAAGGCUCAGACUGCGAAUCUGUUUUCACUCAGGAGAGCGGGUCAGACUCAUCUUACAGUGCUGCUGCCGAUCAAUGUGAAUUAGAAUCAGACAUGUCUGAUCCGAACUCUGACCUGACGCAUGUAUCUGGUUUUCACUCCGAUUGGGAUUCCGGAUCCUCAGAGUGUGCCCGAAGCUUACAGGAAAUUCCGAUUUCAGACUCAUCUCAGAUGGCUUUUACUUUUAAUAAAAGUGACUCCGAAUUUGAUGAGCUGAAAGGCAGAGUGAAGCAGAUACCCAAACUCUUCAUUUCAACUUUCUUUAUCAACUCGAUGAAACAGAUUCUGGACAGCUGGACGACCACCAAACCUGCCAACGAAGGACUUAUAUUCCAUCAUCUUCUACAGCCCAACAGUUUUCAGUACCGAGAGGGAGAGGAGUAUGUUGUCCUUCAUCACAUCCAGAACGGCUCGUAUGGUGAUGUGUUCUGUGUCCGGGAUAAAAGCACCGGAUUUAAAUGCGCUGCCAAAAGGAUUCCCCUGAGUCACUUUAGCUGUGAUGAGGUGAAGACUUGGAGCGCCCUGAACACCCCACGAGUUGUGGAGCUGUUUGGAGCUGUGAGAGAUGGGCUGAGCGUCAUACUCUUCAUGGACCUCAAACCAGCUUGCUUGGCUCAGCUUCUAAAGGAGAUGACCUGCCUCCCUGAAGAUCUGGCCCUGCAUUAUCUUCAUCAGACACUGGGGGCACUAGAGCACCUGCACCACAGAAAGGUGCUUCACCUGGAUGUAAAAGCUGACAACGUGCUGCUGUCUGCAGACUGCAGAGACACAUUCCUCUGUGACUUUGGUCUCUCAGAGAUGUUGGAUGACAGCGGACGGAGCACCAAAGCCUUUAGAGGAGCAGCCUUUCCUGGCACAGAGACCCAUAUGGCCCCGGAGGUGGCGCGAGGAGAUCAAGCGUGCCCCAAGGCAGAUGUGUGGAGCAGCUGCUGUAUGCUACUGCACAUGCUCAAUGGAUGCCAGCCGUGGAUACGCUACUAUACCCAUCCACUGUGUCUCCAGAUCGUCAAUGGGCCUCCACCUCUGUGGGAGGUGCCAUCCAAUUGUAACAACUUCACAGCCAAAGUGUUUAGGGCCGGACUGCAGAAGGACCCGGACAGACGAGCGUCGGCCAAGGACCUCAGGAGGAAAACUACUAAGGCCCUCAGAGCAGUUGGAGGUCUGAGCCCUUCCUCACUCAAAACUGCCUCUGACGCGUUGCAUCAUGGCCAGCGUGAAGACAAACUCUUUCCCCCCAAAGAACCAUCGUCACCGUCGCACACCGCUUCCACAGAUCCGGCUGCGCUCUGGGUGAGCCCUUGGAGGACAGUGGCAGUGGACGAGGACAACGUCGACGUCUCAGAGACAGACUCCAUCACGGGGGAGUGGGACUCCCAUCCGAGGCCACUGCGAGAUCAAUACGCCGAUGAAGGGCCAUGGGAGACCGGCUCUGAGUCAGAGGUGGACAUAUACAUGGCAGAGGAAGAGGAGUGCACUCAGGAGAAGUUGCUGAAAACGGAUAAAGACUACGAGGGAGACUGGGAGGAGGAGGAGGAGGAGGAUGAAGAGUGGGACUCGUCUGACUCCACGGAGUAUCUCCGUACGCUCAGGGGCCUUUUCCCUUUGCUGCGGAGAGGCCUGCAGACAGAUGAAGCUUCAUGGGGAUCAGAGGCGGAGCUGGAAUAUCUCAGAGAUGAUGUUCCUGUUGGAACCACCGUCCAGACUCCGUCCCCAGAACCUCGAGAUGAACCUCCGUCUUGUUUCAGCUGCUCGGACACGUCGCAGAUAGAUGAGGACUCAGAACAUUCAUCUGACGACCUCAGCUCUGGAGUGUUUUCCUCCUGCAACAGUCACUCCAGCAGACAACUGGUGUGGAUCCCUUCAGCCGAUCAACCCUAUUCUCGCUGCUUUGAGGGUGUUGACAUCUGGAUUGAGAACAUUCAGGGGGAGUGUUUCAGGAUCCGAGAACGGCGGAGGGUCAAAGUGGGUCAUGUUGCCAUAGGAAUCAGUGACCAGAUCUCAGGAAAAACCUUCACUUUGGAGACUCUGGACAGAAAGACGGUGUCCUUUGAGGACGAGAUCAGAGAGCCUGGAUCCUGGUUCCGCUGUGUUCCUGCUCCUGACAGAUGUCAGCGCUGGAGCUGGAGAGUCCAAGACGGAAAGCUGGAGCUCAGAGAAUGA